GCCGCAUCGCUUCAGCCAUUUCCGGUUUCGGGGAGGUGGGUGCGGUGCGGAGCGGGACUUGGCGCCGCUGCCGCCGCCGCCAACGGAGCCUCCCUGCCUUGCGCCUGGUGCUACCGGGGACGAUGCGGUCGGAGCCCGGAGGCUGCUGCUGCCGCCGCCCGGUGCGGGCGAACGGCUGCGUGGCGAACGGGGAAGUGCCGAACGGGUACGUGAGGAGUACCGCCGCCGCUGCCGCCGCCGCUGCCGGCCAGAUCCAUCAUGUUACAGAAAAUGGAGGCCUGUAUAAAAGACCAUUUAAUGAGGCUUUUGAAGAAACACCCAUGUUGGUUGCUGUGCUCACAUAUGUGGGAUAUGGGGUCCUUACCCUCUUUGGAUAUCUUCGAGAUUUCUUGAGGCAUUGGAGAAUUGAGAAGUGUCACCAUGCAACAGAACGAGAAGAACAAAAGGACUUUGUGUCAUUAUAUCAGGAUUUUGAAAACUUCUAUACAAGGAACCUCUACAUGAGGAUAAGAGACAACUGGAAUCGACCGAUAUGUAGUGUGCCUGGAGCAAGGGUGGAUAUCAUGGAGAGACAGUCUCAUGACUACAACUGGUCCUUCAAGUACACCGGGAAUAUAAUUAAAGAUGUUAUAAACAUGGGUUCCUACAACUAUCUUGGAUUUGCACAGAACAGUGGAUCAUGUCAAAAAGCAGCUGCCAAAGUUCUAGAGGAGUAUGGAGCUGGAGUGUGUAGUACUCGGCAGGAAAUAGGAAACCUGGAUAAACAUGAAGAACUAGAGAAACUUGUAGCAACGUUCUUGGGAGUAGAAGCUGCUAUGACAUAUGGCAUGGGAUUUGCAACAAAUUCAAUGAACAUUCCUGCUCUUGUUGGCAAAGGUUGCCUUAUUCUGAGUGAUGAACUGAACCAUGCGUCACUGGUUCUAGGAGCCAGACUGUCAGGAGCAACCAUUCGAAUCUUCAAACACAACAAUAUGCAAAGCCUAGAGAAGCUACUAAAAGAUGCCAUAGUUUAUGGUCAGCCUCGCACAAGAAGGCCCUGGAAGAAAAUCCUAAUUCUUGUGGAAGGAAUAUAUAGCAUGGAGGGCUCUAUUGUUCGCCUUCCUGAAGUAAUUGCCCUCAAGAAGAAAUACAAGGCAUACUUGUACCUUGACGAGGCUCACAGCAUUGGGGCCCUCGGCCCUACCGGUCGAGGAGUGGUGGACUACUUUGGCCUGGAUCCUGAGGAUGUAGACGUGAUGAUGGGGACAUUCACAAAGAGCUUCGGUGCUUCUGGUGGAUACAUUGGAGGCAAGAAGGAGCUGAUAGACUACCUGCGAACUCAUUCUCACAGCGCCGUGUAUGCCACAUCCAUGUCGCCACCUGUGGUGGAGCAGAUCAUCACCUCUAUGAAGUGUAUCAUGGGGCAGGAUGGCACCAGCCUUGGCAAAGAGUGUGUGCAGCAGUUAGCUGAGAACACCAGGUAUUUCAGGAGACGCCUGAAGGAAAUGGGCUUCAUCAUCUAUGGAAAUGAAGAUUCCCCGGUGGUGCCUCUGAUGCUUUACAUGCCAGCCAAAAUUGGAGCCUUCGGAAGGGAAAUGCUGAAGCGGAACAUUGGUGUAGUGGUGGUGGGAUUUCCUGCUACUCCAAUUAUUGAGUCAAGAGCCAGGUUUUGCCUGUCUGCAGCUCAUACCAAAGAAAUACUUGAUACGGCUUUAAAGGAGAUAGACGAAGUUGGGGACCUGCUGCAGCUGAAGUAUUCCCGUCAUCGGUUGGUGCCUCUUCUAGACAGGCCCUUUGAUGAGACGACGUACGAGGAGACCGAAGAUUGAGCCUUUCUGGUGCUCCCUGCAGGGACUUUCCAAGCCCGGACAGUGUGUGGCCUUUCUGAGCCAGUUCUAGGAUCACACUUCUGCGACCACCUCACGUGAAGGACAUUUCCUCAACUACUGAAGGUGGCCACCUCCAAUCUAAUGGCAUUUUGUAAAUAGUAAAAAACAAAAAAAAACUAAA